CGGCAUCUGAAAAUUAGCCCAUUUUUGAUAUUUAACAAUUAAAAUAUAAACGAUCAUCUACGGCUUAAAAUAAAUUUGCGAUUGAAAUGGUGCUGACAUACAAUCUUGUGCGAUUAUUCAAAUGAGUUCAUAAUAUAAGAGCUACUCUUUAAAUUAAAUUUGCUCUUGCCAGUAUCAAAUAUUUGCCUCGGCGGUAAACUGGCAUACGUAUUCUUUUAGCCUUCUUUUUGGGGAUACUUUUUUAAUUAGUCUGUAAGCUUUACCAUGGAUGACACUUUGCAUUCUGCAGUAUGGCGCCCGGCAAGAAUAAGACUUUUUAGAAAUGCAUAAUCGUAAAUAUGGAAGAUUAGCGUGGCUAUAACAUUUUGAAACACGUGUGCCAAGAAACAGAAUUUAUUUUACCUCUACAUCUGAUUGUUGUGCAAUGUACAAUUUUAAUGUUGCUCCGUGGUUCUAACCUAACUUGUUACAAUAAUGAAGAUCGAAGUUCAUCAUUUAACGAAUAACCCCACAGCAGCAUGGUGUGAACUAUCCAAAAUUCAAAAAGUGAUAAAAGUGCAAGUUAGCCCACCCAGAUUAAGUGUAGCAGAUGAUAAAGUUCGAAUCGUAUGUAUGAGUGAUACGCAUUCAAUGACUCCACAUAUUAAAUUUGAUGUUCCACAUGGAGAUAUAUUCAUACAUGCUGGCGACUUCACAAGGUGUGGACGGCAAGAAGAGGUUACUGAAUUCAAUGAAUGGAUUGGUAAAUUACCACACAAACAUAAGAUUGUGAUAGCAGGAAAUCAUGAACUGAGUUUUGAUAAAACUUUCACUCAUCCAUUAAGGCAGAGUCCUAGUGACCGUUCCACCCAUACUGGUCCGAGCCUUGUCGACCAGAUACCAACUCUGGGUAUUCCAAAAGACAAAAUCACAGAAGCUGUUCAAACACCCAAUGUCAGGGAUAAUCUUACAAACUGCAUAUACCUGGAAGACAGUGAAGUUAUAUUAUAUGGGCUCAAAAUUUAUGGUACUCCAUGGCAACCAGAGUUCUGCAAGUGGGCUUUCAAUGUCCCACGAGGUGAAGAAUGCUUGGGCAAGUGGAACAAAAUUCCUGAUGACACAGACAUAUUGGUGACACAUACACCACCUGUAGGGCACGGAGAUUUGUGUUGCACAGGCGUUCGGGCAGGAUGUGUCGAGCUUCUAACAACCGUGCAGCAACGAGUGAAACCAAAGUAUCACGUUUUUGGGCAUAUCCAUGAAGGAUAUGGGAUAUCGACUGAUGGAAAAAUUAUCUACAUUAAUGCAUCAACUUGUGACAUUAGUUAUCUUCCAACAAAUCAUCCCAUAGUUUUUGAUGUCACUCUGCCACCAGGCAUAAAGAAGCAAUAAACACAGGCCACAAGAAGUUGGACAAAUUAAUUGAGCUCUUUACACCAAAUGAGAUGGAUGAAUUUCAGUAUUAUUGCAGAUAGAUUAGUCUAUUUGUGGAUUUUUUUUAUUUAUUUAUUAUGUUAUUUGUAUGUACAUAUCUAUUAUUAUAGUUGGUGUGUUCUGAUGAUUUUCAGACCUACAUUUUUAUUAUUUGUUAUUGAAGAUGUCAUUUUCAUGUGUUCACUGUACUUGAAAAAAUGGGUUUUAGGUACAUUCACAAUCCUUGGGAGUGGCUAUUAAAAUUGUCCCAUCUGUCUCUGUAUGUAUGAAACAUCUCAAAAAUAGAUAAAACAAAUAUGGUACUCAUUAAUUUUACAGCCACUAAAAUUUUAAUUUAGAUUGGACAAUUUUAACAACCACUUUCCAUAAGAACAUAUGACUUUUUGAGCAUAUCUUGUGAUAUAGAGAAAUAGCAGUAAGAACGUGUUUUUAUGCUUUAUUAUUAGACUGUCAUUGGGAUUUUGAUGCAAUAAAUAAAAGUGACUGAAUUUGUUGUUC